AGAAUUAAAAAUUUCUCGUUAUCGAUGAGUUUUCACUUUUUUUUCUGGCUGGAUUUUGCAGGCUUACAGCGACGAGUGAUAUAAAAGCCUCAGAAGUUGAACUCUAUCAGUAUGACAUUCAACAAAAUGCGCUCCCCAAUCGUUUGGAUUACUUUGGCACUCUGUGUUGUUCUGUGUGCUAUUGAGGUUCGUUCCGGACCAGUGGACCAUCAGGACCUGAGAAUUACUUCUAAGGAUUACACUCUCAGAUCAGGAAGACAGGAACCGUACGAUGAAGAUUCCGGCGAAGAAAAUGAUGAUGGCAGUAAUGAAGAAGGUGGUGAUGACGCUGGAGAAGGCGACGACGAUGAUGGAGAAGAUGAAGGAAGACGUCUCAAAGGCCGCCACGUGAGAGAAGCCUCACAAAAACCACUCCUUGUCAAUAAUGACGAGACCGAUGAAGAAAGUGUCAUUCCGACUACUGACGCACCCAACACCGACAAACCAACCAAGAAACCAUCAUCGGUGCUCCUUUUACUGAGCACAGCUUUGGAUAAGGCCAUCGCUGCCACAACAAAACUCCCUACCCAACAAAUGGCCAGUGAUGCUGCCAGUGUUUUCUUGCUACUCGGUCAAGUUUUCAGUGAGGCUAUUGACAAGGUGAUCGGUGACGAUGGUCCCGAGGAAGGUGUUACAGAAAUAACAGGAUUAACAGAUGCCACCGAAGAGACUCCAUCAUCGGCUGCUUUAGUUGAAGAACUCACACAACUUCCCUUUAUUGGUCAAUCAGAGAAAGUUGAAAAACAACCAUCCCAACCACAGGUUGAAUCUAGUCAGAGUGAAUUGAAAUUUCCUAGUUCGUAGCUUUUGAUUUAAAUUAGACCAAUAAAUUAAAUUAUUUAUUUAUUUAUGCGUAAAAAAAAUUAAAAAUA